AUGCGCGCAUUUUGGUGGAGAUAUGGCGUUAAUGAGGCAACAAUUGAGAUGGCAAUAAUUUCACUGACACUCUGUAUCCAUGAGACCACAUCGUUUGAUGCACAUCGACGUCUUGCUGACUCGUCUGACAGUUAUAACUUUAUGUUUUACUUUGUUAUUGGCGCCAUGAUGCUCACGUGUUUAGUGUAUAAUAUAUUCUUUAAGCACAAAAUGGAGUCCAAUUUCUUACGGCAACCGACACUUCCCGAGACAAUGCUACGGCAGGAUGUGAUUGCGAGUGAUCAGGACAUGAAUAAUUUGUGGGAAUGCGAUGUCUGCUCUUUCAAGAGCUACGACGCUCAUAUGACGUGCAUGUUGUGUGGCACGGAUCGAUCAUUUAAAUUGAUUGACAAGACUGGAAGAUCUGGAGACGAUGCGACUAGUGAACACAGUAGCAACGCGCCGUCCUCGGCUUCGUCUAGUACAAAGUAUAUGUUGUACAUGGAGGAGAAAGAGAAGCCGCUGACUUGCAGUACAGUAAAUACGAGAGCAAUACCUUCUCGGCCAAUCAGGUCGCAUUCGUCAGCUAAGAACAACCGGGAUUUUUUCAAGCGGAAGCUUACUGUGCUCAACUUGCGACAACAAUCGGCCCGACGUCGGCACGAAUGGUCAAGAGAACGCAAUGACGAUGGACAGCUGGUUUGGGUAAGGAAGAAACAUUUCAUGGAUCGCAAGGCGCUGAGAAGUUUGCGAACACUAGACGGAUUGCGUAGCCAAUCGUCGACAUCUUUACGUGACUCGAUUCUAUCGAAUGGAAGUGCCAAUUCGAUAGGGAUUGUGUCUCGUGUUGUUGUGUCGCCAAGGAAUUCGACCGGACGGUUGUCACUUGAGGCUGCAGAUGGAGCACUGGCAAAGCGCUGCUCUGAAAACUCGGAGUUUUCGCAGGAUGAGCUGGAAUUGGUCGGAUCGCUACCUUUUCAGCAAAAACAUGCAUGGUUUGUGCAACACACAGCAGCCAUGGAGGUACCGUGGGAAUAUGGCCACUUGUUGCUCGAGAUUGAGCGUGAUAACUUACUUCACAAUUCUUGCGAGCAAUUGCUGUGGGCGACGCCGGACCAGCUUCAUCAGUCGCUCCGAAUUAGGUUUGCGAAUGAGCCAGGCGUGGAUGCGGGUGGAUUGGUGCGCGAGUGGUUUACGCUGAUGACGAAAGAGGUCUUUGAUGAUACGACUGGCUUAUUUCGCAGAAGCGGAAAUGGUGAUGGCCUUAUGGUCAAUCCAGCGUCCGCAGAAGCUAGUGUCGAUCACCUGAUGUAUUACCAAGCUGUAGGUCGCUUCAUUGGCAGAGCGCUUUUUGAAGGUAUUUUGAUCGACGCACAUCUGGCACUACCAGUGUGCAAGCAUAUUUUGGGUAUCCCUAUUACGUUUUCCGAUCUUGAGUUCGUGGACAACGAUUUGUACAAGAAUUUAAAAUGGCUGCGAGACAACACAGGUGUGGAGUCACUGGCCUUGGAUUUCACUGUCACUGUUGAUGGUCAAGUGUCGGACAAGACGAAGGUAGUGGAUCUAGUACCAAACGGUUCAAAUAUCGCUGUUACGGAAGAAAACAAGAUAGAGUACAUCAAUUUGCGCUUCAAGUGGGUUGUUGCAAGCAGCAUAUCACUGCAGCUUGGUUCAUUGAUGCAAGGUCUAUUCUCUAUCAUUCCGAAGGAGCUAAUCUCCGUCUUCGAUCACCAGGAGUUGGAGCUUUUAAUUUGUGGAAUUCCUGACAUCGACGUGCAGGACUGGAAAUCUCACACUAUUUAUGUUGGGGAGCCAGACCAUCGAGUCAUUGGCUGGUUCUGGAAUAUUGUACGUGAGUUACCCAACGAGCAUAAGGCGCGAUUACUGCAGUUCACGACAGGCUCCUUCCGGGUGCCCGUGCAAGGCUUUAAAGCGCUGACGAUGAACGAUGGCCGCAUUUGUCCGUUUGCGAUUCAAUGCAUCAGCGCAGAUGAGUGUUUGUAUCCGCGGGCUCACACUUGUUUCAACCGCAUUGAUUUACCACGAUACAGUAAUGAGAAGGAUUUGCGAAUUGCAUUAUCACUCGUGAUUCAAAUGGAAGUAACUGGUUUUACAAUUGAGUAA